AGCGGCGAACGAGUAGCGAUAUGAAACCGAUCGAUCGACGAAAGUCAACUUUUUAUAAGACAAAGGACAAUUUGGUUUCAAUUUGGCUAUAAGGUAUAAACAUUCGUAGAAAUUUUAAAUAAAUUAUCAAAAUUUCUAAUAUAGUUAAAUUAUAUCGGUAAAAUUUAAAUUGGUUAAAGGCAAUUUAUUAUGCCUCUUCAUUAUCUGAAGAAUCCUAUGUACGCACUUUGUCUCUUAGCGGCAUUUUGCGUACGACAGCAUAUACAGAAUAAUAGGGUCGAACAACCGUUAACAAAACGUAUGUCGAUUCAAACACCGAUAUUGAUAAACACAAAACCGAAUGAAGUGGAUUCAAAAAUAAUAUCGCACCCUAAGAAUUUCAUAAAUGAUUUUAACAAUAAUUUUAACAAGAUAGACGAAUCUGAUUUAUUGAUUAAUUGCAUACAUAUCAUCGCUAAACGGGCUCGACAAAUCAUUGAAAGCAUCCAAGCAAGCAUACCAAUUUCAAAGACAUUAGAUAUCGAAGAUUCCUUAUUAUCUUCAUCCAACAUUUUUGAUUCAUUUCUAUUCGCAACAAACAACGUUGGUAUCAAAUGGUUGGCUUAAUACCAAUGGCUUAAUAAUAAUGAUUGGAAUGAUGCAUUGAUGAUCUAUUGAAGAGUACGAAAAACUGUUGUUUGACAAAGAUUAACACGGAUUAAAGGGGGGGAUCCGCAUGUGAUCUUUGUCAAUCGAUGGAAAAUUUUGCAAUUGAUUGAAAGCGGAGGAAAGCUUUGUUCGUUAUCGAAUAAUUUCGAUCAAAUCGAAGAAGAAUUGGAGAAAAUAAGGGACAGACUUAUACAUUGUAUACUGUGUAAAACAGUUCGGUAUUGCGCGCUCAAAUAGGCGCCAACGAGCGCGCAAAUACCGAACAUG